UAUGAGUCGGUGCUAUAUUUGGAGGUACACACAACCUAAUCCAACCUAUUCCUGCAGUGUUUUCAGUGUGAAUAAGUUAUAGGUUCCAAACCACCUCCAGCUACUGUGCACGUGCAAUGACCAUUCACAGAAAAUGUUUGCACAUGCAUCCAAUAACAGAUACUACUCCCAGGAAUCAAAACUCUGCUCCACCACUGGUACAGAAUAUAACCUUGAAUGUUCCCCAUCAGCUAUGGAGUUUGCUCUUGAACAGCCAUCCUUAAAUGUAAAUUGGGUUCAGUUAUCGCUGGAAGAGAGUAUUUCACAUUUGAGUACUGAAGACACUUGCUCCAAUCCCGUACACUCUGUGGGUUUUUUUGUUAUUCUCUUGUUGCAGGACUGCUGAGGCGGCUUGCCUAAUGAGACUGGGUCUGAGGUGUGGUUUGAAUCAGGGACAUCCCAGGGACAACCCCAUGGUCCAUGUGCUUGCCCCCUAUGCCCCUCCUACUGGCAUCCAGCAGUAGUUUCAAGCAUCCCAUGAGUGGAUGUAAUUCGGUACCUAAAGAGCAAACAAGGAGUCAGUGGUUAGGUGCUCCUUUGUGCCAGUUGGGGAAGUGCGCUCACAUGCUCCAUGUCUGUCCUUGCCUGCAGGCGCUAGAACUGGAUACAGAGUCUCCGCGGCUGUUGCCAUCACGGCUGUUCUCUGACCCUGACCGAACUUUUGAAAGGGAAACGCAGACGGCUGAGAUUUCUCUAACCUUAGUAGCAUCAUUCCAAGCGAUGGAAAAGAAAGUGGAUUCUCAUGCCACACGGCUGCUGGACUUGGAGGGGAGGACAGGCACCGCUGAGAAGAAGAUCACAGACUGCGAGAAAACAGCCGUUGAAAUUGGGAACCAGCUGGAGAGCAAGUGGGCCGCCCUGGGCACCCUGAUCCAGGAGUACGGGCUGCUGCAGAGGAGGCUGGAGAACAUGGAGAACCUCCUCAAGAACCGGAACUUCUGGAUCCUGAGGCUGCCCCCGGGCUCCAAAGGAGAAACCCCCAAGGUGCCUGUGACGUUUGACGAUGUGUCUGUCUAUUUCAAUGAGAAGGAGUGGGAGAAGCUUGAAGAGUGGCAGAAGGAGCUCUACAAGAACUUGAUGAAGGGGAACCACGAAUCACUGAUCUCUCUGGACUAUGCAAUUUCAAAGCCAGGCGUCUUAUCCCAGGCGGAGCCAGGGGCUGACUCGUGUCUUGGGGAUGAGCAGGACUCGGAAGAACAAGGGAGCCUUCCUGAUCCCACAGCAGCUGGCAUAAGGGUGGUGAUCAAAACAGAGGAGCCUCAUUCUGAUGACUGCCAGGAAGACCUGGAGCAGCACCAGAUGUCGGGGAGCUCCGAGGGGGAUUUCCAGGGCCUGGACCAAGAUGCCCCCUGUGAGAGUCCGUACAGCGCAACGACCCCCCCGGGAAACUUUGCAGGAAACAGCCUGGAGGAAGUGAACGAGUACAUGGAUUUUGGGGAAAUUAAAAGAGUCACGGUGCAACACAGCAGCUGCGCAGAUGAUGGAAUUGUGAUCAAAAUGGAGGAAGAGGAGGAAGAAGAAGAGGAAGAAGAGGAGGAGGAGGAGGAGGAAGAAGAUCCUGUCAGCCUCGAGCCACGCGGGUUGUUCUCUUCAAGAGCUGAGCCACCGUGCUCCCUGAACUGCAGCACAGAAGUGAUACGGGAAGAUCAGCGAGUCACAAAGCCCCCCAGAGCGACAGUGGGGAUCUGUGCACCACUGUGUGAGAGGGACAAUAGUGUAGAGCCACGGCCAGUGACCCUCCAGCAGAGGAACCGGACACGAGAGAGGCCCUACAUCUGCCCGGAGUGUGGCAAGAGCUUCAUGCUGCGCAUCAAUUAUAUCAUCCACCAGCGGAACCACCUCAAGGAAGGCCCGUAUGAGUGUCACACAUGCGACCUCAGCUUCCGCAUCAAGCAACAGUUCCUUCUGCACCAGCGACUGCACACUGCACGGCGGGUAGCUCCUCCUCCCCGCCGCGGACAGACCUUCCCUGACAAACGUAGCUUCAAGCCACAGCCCAGGCCGCCUCCGCCUCCUGGGAAGCCCUAUAAAUGCAGCGAGUGCGAAAGCAGCUUCAGCCAUAAGUCAAGUCUGAGCAAACAUCAGAUCACGCAUGUGGGUGAGCGGCCAUACUCCUGCAGCGAGUGCCGCAAGAGCUUUCGGCUGCAGAUCUCGCUCGCCAUGCACCAGCGGGUACAUGCGGGCAAGAGCGAGCUCUCCUUCAUCUGCCCACAGUGUGGGAAGGCCUUCAGCCGGCCCUCGCAUCUCCUGCGGCACCAGCGGACUCACACAGGCGAGCGACCCUACAAAUGCAGCCAGUGCGACAAGACCUUCAGUGAGAAGUCCAAACUGACCAACCACUACCGAGUGCACACCCGGGAGCGCCCCCACGCAUGUGGCGAGUGUGGCAAGGGCUUCAUCCGCAAGCACCACCUGCUGGAGCACCAGCGCAUCCACACCGGAGAGCGGCCCUACCACUGUGCCGAGUGUGGGAAGAACUUCACCCAGAAACACCACCUGUUGGAGCACCAGCGGGCGCACACGGGGGAGCGGCCCUACCCCUGCACGGAAUGCGCAAAGUGCUUCCGCUACAAACAGUCCCUCAAAUACCACUUGCGGACACACAUGGGAGCCCACCUGACGCCCAGGGCCCUUCUGCACCCGCCUUUGCGCUCGGCGAUCUCGGAGGACCUGUGCGGGGCAGCCACCCUUCGGGCGAAUGCGCGCGUCUGCUGUCUUACACCGACUUUACUCCGCGUUGGGUGGGCCUGGGCGGGCGGUGGUGGCAAGCCUGCCUCCCUCCCUCUCACUCGGCGAUUGCAGCUGGUCGCCCAGAGGCCGCAGAGGCGCAGGCAGGGGUCCGACUCGGCGGGCUGCCGUGAGCCCACACGGGCAGACCCCCUCCACGAACCCGGGAGGCGUCUGCUGGCAGGGAGGGGGCGGCGGCCGUGCCGCGGGGCCAGGGGUCUCCCCCGCUGCCCUGGGUCUUCACCGGCACGGCGUCAAAGCCGGGGCAGGCUCGCCGGGCUGGGGUCUGCCAGAAAGGAGCCAAGGGCGCGCGGGAGCGCCCCUUCUGCAACGCCCCCCCCCCCCCGCCGGGCGGCUGAGCCCGCCGGUGCGGCACCCGGGUGGGCGGUUUGGGGGCUUCUGCGCGACCUUCCCGUCGCCGCGCCCCAGCAAGGAGAAGCUCCGGCCGGCCUGGGAAGGCGGGGGCUGCAGCGAGCUCCUCCCUCCGCAGGGGGCGCUGUGGCCGAGCCGCGCCUCCGGACGGCGGCUGCUUCGACUCCGCGCGUGCGCGUGGCUCUUUCGCUCCUUAAACCCCUCAGGGCCGCGCGUGCGCAGGAGCUGCGCGAGGGAGAAGGCUCCGCUUCUCCCUUGGAAAUCUUGUCGUUGUCUGGGGGGCCCCUGGGCUCGGGUUCUGCCGUAAGAGCGUCUUUCGGGACUGGACCCCCACACAGAGCCAGAACAUUACCGUGUAUUUGCUUGCCGUUGUAUGCCGGCCUGUUGUGGAUGAAGGAGUCGGUUUAUAACUUGUGGGAGCUUCAGGAUUUUGGCCUAUGGCUGGAGGCUGACGUCUCUCCUUUGCGGAACAUAACACAUUGUUUUCUGCUGAUACGCCAGGUGCAGCUAUUCCUCGAAAAAGCACGAUCAGGCCACGGUGAUCCAUGCUGUGAUCACAUCCAGCUUCAGUGUUGCAACAUGGACCCCCAAGCAGCGCCUUUGCAGGCUGAACAGAAUUUUGUCAGAGAUGCCAAACAGAAUGUGGCUGAGCUCUCUAUGUGGACGGUGGUGGCUGCCAUCCAAGCCAUCGAGAGGAAGGUGGAUUCUCAUGCCACGCGGCUGCUGAACCUGGAGCGCAGGAUGGUGACAAAUGAGAAGAAAUAUGUGGACUGUGAGAACACAGUGGUGGACUUUGGCAACCAGAUGGAGUGCAAGUUGACUGCUUUGGGCACCCUAAUCCAGGAGUACGGGCUGCUGCAGAGGAGGCUGGAGAACAUGGAGAACCUGCUGAAGAAUCAGAACUUCUGGAUCCUGAGGCUGCCCCCGGGUUCUAAAGGGGAAAUCCCCAAGGUACCAGUGACCUUUCAGGACAACUCGGUCUGCUUCUCUGAGCAGGAGUGGGGGAACCUAGAAGAGUGGCAGAAGGAACUCUACAAGAACAUGAUGAAGAGCAAUUACGAGUCGUUGGUCUCGCUGGAUUAUGCAAUUGCAAAACCUGACCUUCUCUCCCGGAUUGAGCAGGGGGAACAUCCCUGUGAAGAAGAGGAAGAGGUCUCCAAGGAGAGAGAGAUUUCUGCAGAACCCAGCCCAGAAGUGUUGGUUUCUAGACCUGGCCUGGUCUGCCGUACUGAAGGAGGAGAAAACGUUCAUGUGGGAGACCAGCAGAAAGAUGAAGGAGGCACACAUCCAAGUGACCCCAGUGCAGACUGUGGGGCUGCUGAGUCUUCCUUUGGCUCCCCAGUGAAGCAGGAUCAAGAGCUGAACCGUGAGGGGCCUGGAGUCUGUGAAGAAGGCAAGCUGCACAUCAAGCCAAGCUUGGAUGAUGGGCUUGUCUUCAAAGCAGACGUCCUCCAGGCGCAGAGAGCGUUGUGUGAAACCUUGGGGCUGCAGUGUGCCGAGGAAGCCGUUCUCCACAGCCCCCACCCAGGAAGCCCCCUCGGGAGUCGCUAUGGCACUCUGAUCCACCACAGGCGGCAUUCAGGGAGCCAGGCGGACGAGGCUGUUCCAGACGGUGGCCUUCCCAACCCUCACUUUCUGCCCUUGGAUAAGAUGCAUUUCAGGGGUGAGGGAGACUCUUCAGAGAGGCAGAUCCUUGAGAAGCCAAGCACAGCCCUCCCAACGGACAGAGAACUUGCAAUCAAAACUGAGCAAGAGGGGGAGCCGGAAACCUUUGAGCCAUGGAUGUUAGUAGGAAUGUCCGGCACGAGCGACUUCCAGGGCACGGAUGCCCCAGGUGAAUCUUCCCUUGGCUCCAAGACGUGGCCAGGGGGCCCUGCAGGAGAGCAAAGAGGUUUCAGCCCCAGCAAAGCCAGCAUGGAGGAGUGGCAGGAGCCUGGGGAGGCGAGGCCAUAUGCCUGCCCAGAUUGUGGGAAGAGCUUCCAGUUCCAAAUUGGCCUCCUGAACCAUCAGCGGAGCCACGGCAGCCUUCCAGCCCAAGGAUACUGCUGCAUGUCUUUGGCCCAGGGCACCAAGAGCCCCACCACACGUGGGCCCAGUUCCCCACCAGAGGAAGGGAAGGGGACACUCCCUCCUGGCCCAAGGGAUGAGAAUGUACGGUCUCACCCCUGGUGCCAGCAGCGUUUCCGGCUCCAAGUCAACCUGCUGACCCACCAGAGCCCCCACCUGGAGGCCACAGUAGAGCUUGGCAGCAAGGGGCAGCUGGCUUGCAGGUUUUGCCCCCAGCGCUUCAGCCGCUCUGACCAUUUGCUGCGCCACCAGCUGAGCCACACGGGCACCCGGCCCCAUCAGUGCCCAGCUUGCGAGAAGAGCUUCACGGACAAGAGCAAGCUGACGAACCACUAUCGUACCCACACGGGUGAGCGCCCCUUCCGCUGCGCUGCCUGCGGCAAGCACUUCAUCCGUCGGCACCACCUUGCUAAGCACCAGCGGACCCAUACGCGGGAGAGGCCCCACCAGUGCCCCAUCUGCCUGAAGGGCUUCAUGCAGAAGCACCAUCUCAAGAAGCACAUCCGCACCCACGCAGGGGAGAAGCCCCACCGGUGCAGUUGGUGCCCCAAGGCCUUCUCCUGUCGGCAGCUGCUCCUGCAGCACUGCUGUGCUUCUGCAAAGGGGGAAAUGGAACCGGCUUUGGAUGCUGGUUCUGCCUGCUGAGGGAGCCUUGCCCUGCCCUCUAAAAAUGCUGCUCUACCUCCUUACCACUUGUGGACCAUUUAAUCUAAAGUGACACCUGAAGCGCAGCUCGAACCCUGGAAGCACCCGAGGAUCUAUCUCCGUAGCGAACUCCUUGUUUAACUUGCAGAAGAGCUGAAGUUCUGCAGCGGAAGGUGCCACAGGCAGUGGUCCUCUAAAGGCAGGCAGAGCGUCCAGCUCCUCUGCUGGCUCAGCAGGAUGAAUUAUGCUAGUGGUGAACUGUAGAUCGAUUAACACUGGAACACAGAACAGGCAAGACUUUCAUCCCCAGGCCUCCCUUUAAACACUGCAGCAGUAGAAAAAGCCUUCUAAAUGGUGCUUUUGAUAUGUGUUGAAGAAAAAUGUUGUAAAUGAAUGUAAAUAUUCCGAGGCCAGAGCGGUUGCCACUGACU